GGCAUCGAAAGAACAUUCGUCCUCAUCCGUCCUCAUCCGUCCUCAUCGUUUGCCCUCACCAUUUGUCCUCGCCAUUUGUCCUCGCCACCAAUGCAAUUCUCUCUCUGGUAAAAGAAUCGACUGACCGGCUGACCGACUACUCGACCUCACCACACUAGUUUCUCUGCAAUUGCCAUUCAAUAUGGAUGACCUUUCUGAUCUCGAGCUGGUGGGUUUGGUGAGCAAGGUGGUGUCCGAGCCCAACGCCUUGCUUCUGAUACAUUCGAAGCAUUUGAACGAAAAAUGGGCAGUAUGGCCGGUGAUUCCCUCCCUAGGAGCUUGCUCGAGAGCAUCGAUCGCCUCGUUCGAAUGAUGCAUCCGUCAAUGAAGGGAAAGACGACCGGCCCGCGCCACGGACCCGACAACCAGCGCGGCGUCGAGGAACUUGAAGCCCAAGCCCAAACCCGUCCAUCCCCGCCCGGUCAGGCCUUAGCCCACGACUCUAUCGAUAACGCCUUGGCCGAACUAGAAGCCUUGGAGCCAAUCCCGGAUGAUAAAACGCGCGGAGGACGGAAACGAGGGCGCGGUCGCAGUCGAAGCAACAGCCCGACCACGCAGCAUGAACGGCGCUUCAGAAGCGAUGCCUCGGGACACGACGGGCCGAUGGAACAUAGGCAGCAGCGCGGCCGACGAGGUCGGGCUGGGGACGACCACCACCACAAACAGGACGAAGCCCCCAUCAUGAACCACAUCUAUGAUGGCCAUGUGACGGGCGUCAAGGACUUUGGCGCAUUUGUGAACCUCCACGGCGUGAGUGGGAACUUGUCCGGGCUCGUUCAUGUUUCACGGCUGGCGGACGGGGUCAGCCACCCAUCAGAUUUCGUCGAAGGCGGUCAACCAGUCAAGGUCAAGAUCAUUAGUAUGGAGGGGACACGAAUUGGCUUGUCGAUGAAGGACGUUGACCAAGACACUGGCCGAGACCUCGCUCCCACCGUCAACUUUGGAUCCAGCGCCAAUGCGGAGCCCCUGGGCAGAGGGGGGGACAGACAUACUAAUGCCGACCUCCGAACGCCCAGUUCCUCGACACAACAGCAGAAAAGGAUGACCUCUCCCGAGCGAUGGGAAAUACAACAACUCAUUGCAGCCGGAGUCGCGAAAGCCUCAGACUUCCCCGGCCUUGAAGAUCACAACGCAGCAUCCAGGGUUGACGGCGGGACGGAGUUGGAACUAGACCUGGACAUCGAAGUCAGAGAUGAGGAGCCGCCAUUCCUUGUUGGCCAAACCAAGCAGUCUCUCGAACUUUCGCCCAUUCGUGUUGUGAAGGCUCCCGACGGGUCGAUGAAUCGGGCUGCUCUGACUGGGACCGCCUUAGCCAAAGAGAGGGCGGAGCUGCGGCAACAGCGGGCGGCCGAAGCGGUUUCCGAGGCGGCUACCGGAACGGUUGGCGGCAAGGGGGACAAGGUUGGUCUUUCAACUCAGUGGGAUGAUCCCAUGGCAGACCCCGAGCAGUCCAAGCUCCCCGGCGAGGCUAGCAGCGUCCAUCUCAUGGCGACAAACCCCGGUAACCUCUCGAACCAGAACCUUGCGGUCCGAUCCAAGGAUCAAGGAUCCGGAAAGUGGACAGAUAUGACCAUCAAACAACAGCGGGAAUCCCUUCCAAUUUUCUCAUUCCGCGCUCAGUUGCUUGACGCAAUACAGGAACACCAAAUCCUCAUUGUGGUCGGCGAGACUGGGUCGGGCAAGACCACACAGUUAACACAGUAUCUAGCCGAGGCGGGUUUUGCCAAUGGCGGUAUCAUCGGAUGCACACAGCCCCGCCGCGUGGCUGCCAUGUCCGUGGCCAAACGUGUUGCCGAAGAGGUCGGUUGCACCCUCGGCGAAGAAGUUGGCUAUUCGAUUCGGUUCGAGGACUGCACCGGCCCAGCAACCAAGAUCAAGUUUAUGACGGACGGCACGCUUCAAAGAGAAAUCCUACUCGACCCGAGCCUCACCAAGUACUCGGUUAUUAUUCUCGACGAGGCACAUGAACGGACCAUCGCAACCGACGUUCUUUUCGCAUUGUUGAAGCGAACGCUACAGAAGCGGCCGGAUCUCAAGGUGAUAUCUACGUCUGCGACCCUUGACGCCGACAAGUUCUCAAGCUACUUCAACAACGCUCCGAUCUUCAACAUCCCUGGCCGCACAUUUCCCGUCGAAAUCAUGUAUUCGCGGGAGCCUGAAUCCGAUUAUCUUGAUGCAGCUCUGGCCACUGUCAUGGAAAUUCACCUGACCGAGCCCGCUGGUGAUAUUCUCCUGUUUCUAACAGGACAGGAGGAAAUCGAUACAUCCUGCGAGGUUCUAUCUGAACGGCUCAAGGCCAUCGGGCCAGACGUGCCGGAGCUAGUCAUCCUUCCCAUGUAUUCCGCACUUCCCCCUGAAAUGCAGCGCCGCAUCUUUGAGCCGCCUCCACCGGGUGCUCGAAAGGUCAUCCUCGCCACCAACAUUGCCGAAACAUCCAUCACGAUCGACAAUAUCUACUACGUCGUGGAUCCAGGUUUUGUCAAACAAGACGCCUAUGACGCGAAGUUGGGCAUGGACUCGCUCAUCGUCACGCCCAUCUCACAAGCACAAGCCAACCAGCGAGCCGGACGUGCCGGCCGCACCGGGCCAGGUAAGUGCUUUAGGCUCUACACGGAAACAGCGUACCAGUCCGAGAUGCUACCCUCACCCAUACCGGCCAUCCAACGCCAGAACGUGUCAACAACCAUCCUCAUGCUCAAAGCGAUGGGCAUCAACGAUCUGCUGCGCUUUGACUUCAUGGAUCCGCCCCCGGUCAAUACUAUGCUGGCCGCACUUGAAGAGCUUUACGCGUUGGGUGCCCUUGACGACGAGGGUAUCUUGACACGACUUGGACGCCGUAUCGCGGACUUCCCUCUGGACUCGUCUCUCGCUAAGGUCUUGAUUGUGGCAAGUGACCUGGGAUGCUCAGACGAGAUUCUCUCGAUCGUGGCUAUGCUCAACUUACCCAACGUUUUCUAUCGACCGAAGGAGAAGCAGGCACAGGCAGAUCAGAAGAAGGCCAAGUUCCACGACCAAUGCGGCGACCACCUGACACUUUUCAACGUGUAUAACGCGUGGAAACAAAAUGGCUACUCCAGCUCUUGGUGCUUUGAGAACUUCAUCAUAGCACGGUCUAUGAGACAAGCCAAAGACGUUCGGGAUCAGCUUGUCAAGAUCAUGGAGCGUUACCGCCAGCCCAUUGUCUCGUGUGGCCGUGAGACGGAACGGGUGCGCCGAGCCUUGUGUGCCGGUUACUUUCGCAGCGCAGCACGACGGGAAACGGAGGCCGGAGCGGGCGCCUAUAAGACCCUCGUCCAGGGUACUCAGGUCUACAUGCAUCCUUCCUCAGCGCUGUUUGGAAAGCAGGCCGAGUGGGUCAUCUACCACGAGCUUGUCCUGACGACACGCGAGUAUAUGCACUGGACCACGGCUAUUGAGCCGCAGUGGCUCGUUGACGCCGCCCCGACCUUCUUCAAGUUGGCGGGGACCGAUGCCAAGAUGUCGAAGCGACGUAUGCAGGAGCGCAUAGAGCCUCUGCACAACAAGUUCGCUGACAAGGACGGGUGGCGGCUGUCGGCCCAACGCAAGGGCCGCAGGGGCGGCGGCGGCGGCACGUGGGGUUGAGUUUUCCAUACACUCUCUGUUGUAGAGCGAUACAUGGUGCGGGUUGGCAUUUGCUUGCUUGUGUUCCGCGCCCUAGGUUGGUUUGAGGCAUGGGCUUUGUACUUCGGUGUCGCAAUUCCGACUCUUGUUUUGCUAUUAAUUUCUCCGUCAAACGGUCUCGUAAUCAGAUAUGCUUGCCCGUGAAAAUCGAACUCUAGAUUUCCUCCUCG